AUGUCAACUUUUAGUGGUUUUAUUUCAACGAUUAAUCUGUUUCUUGGUAUAUUCAUGUUAUUCAUUAUUUCUACUAAAUAUAAAUCAAAAGAAUCUAAACGAGAUUCAUCCAAUUUGGAAACAUACAUAAAAAAAUUCUCAAAGGAAUAUUUACAUAUUGAAAGUAGUUCUUCAAUAAGAAAACCAAUCGAAAAAGAACUAUUCAUAAAAAAAGAUAAUUAUGAUCAUUAUUUUCGAAUUGAUUAUACAAUUGAACAAGCCAUAUGUCAACCACUUAAUAUAUUUCAUAGUAAAAAAGUCAUGGAUUUAAUUCAAACAAUGACUGCUCAAGAGCUUAAUGGAAUGUUAACUCGAAAUGUCAAAAUUCAGUUGGAUCUUCUUAGAAUUCAUGCAACACUUCUAUCAUCUAAAAGAAUCAAAGACAUGAACAAUACUAAUAAAUUAAUAUGUAAUUAUAUGUUGGAAUUAUUUGUUGGAAUUAAUUUUUCUUCAUAUUGUGAUGAUAUAUGUCAAACAGCUGAAGUUAAUUUUAUAACAUCAAAUAAAAAUCUAUUUGGUGAUUUACCAAAUUCAUCAUUAAAAUUCUCAUUGUCAAAUAUAAGUCCAUCGGAAGAACCGAUUCUCUAUUAUAUUCACAAUGUUGCUUUAUAUCGAACUGUUAAAUAUAUCGAAAAAGCAUUAUUUAUUCAAUCAACAUUUGACGGUCGUUAUAUAUCAACAAAAUAUUUUCGUUCAAAUGAUAAUCAAUCAUUAAUAUCAAUGUCAACAAAUGAUAAAAGUUUAUUUAUCAUGAAAAAAGGUUUGAAUUUAUUAGAUCCAUAUUCAGUUUAUGUAUCAUUUCUAUCAUUAUCAUCACCAAAUUGGUAUAUACGUCAUGAAGAUGCUCAAAUAAAAAUAUCAAAAAAUGAUAAUUCUCAUUUAUUUAAACAGGAUGCUACAUUUAAAUUAUUAUUUGAUCAUCAAACUGAUACUGUUGUUUUUCAAACAAUAAAUCUUUCGAAAAAAUUUUUUAUUACUUUAAAUAAUCAAGCAAAACCUGAUUUAAUUUUAAGUCAAAGUAAAGAGGAAUCAACAAUCAGUCAAUUUAAUAAACAAUUUACUUUCAAAUUGAUUUCGUCAUAA